AUGCGCGUGCAGCAGCUCGUGGCGGAGAUGCAGGAGAUGCCCCUCCUGAGCAGCGGCAUUUUUGCCAUCACAUGCCAGGUGUGGCGGCGUUACAUCAAUGAGGUCGCCAGAAUGGAGUUGAUCGACACCACGAGGGUUGGGGGUGUGGAUGUGACACGGCAGAAAAAGCUCAUCAAGAACGCCGACUCGAUUAUCUUCGAGCCGCAGGACAUGUUUGAGCACCAGAAGAACCACAUCGAAAGAAUAACCACCCACCUCAAGAGGGGAUGGCGCGACUACAUCAUCGCGGAGGCGUUGCUGCGAGUCUUGGACAAAUUGUCCGACGACUACAACUUCUUCAGCGAUGACACGGAGAAGCAUGCACGCCUUGCUUCGCAAAUUGGAUACUUGGCUCAGGUAUGA